AUGUCUUACACGAUAUCGAUGGCUGAAAAGCCGAUACCACACAUAUCCGAAGCCGAUUGGAAAGCAAAAAUCUGGAACAUGAAAGCUGUGGGUCAAACAAAAGCGGAAAAUUCAUACGAAUUGAGGAAUGACGUCAGGCAAACGCGUAACGAAGCCGUCAUCAUAAGGAGAUGGACGAAUUAUCAUAAUAAUUUAAAAAUAUCAGAUAGGCUGACGGAAAUACGAAGGUGGAUGAACAAAUUGGGUGGAGCUUUGCAAAAUUUAAAACUUCAAUCUGAACUUUUAAUGGCUGACAAAUUCGAAACGGAAAAAGAAAUUGAAAAAUAUUGUUGUUGUCUGAACACCAUUAGCGAAUGUAGAUUUCUUCGGGAUUCUAAAAAUAAAUUAAAUUUGGUUAACGAUAAUGUCGGACAAGAAUUACAAUCGGAAAUCGAAUCUUUGGAAUCAACUAAAAAAUAUUUAAGUGAAAAAUGUUUUUCUGCUUGGGAACAAAAUAAUAGGAUCACAUCACUCAUAUACACACUCGAAAACGAUAUAGCCGAUAAGGGAGAAGCAUUGGAAAUUGAUUUAAACGUAUUAAAAUUGGAUAGCACGAGCGCUUCUGCCACGUACAAACCCGACGUUCUUAGACUUCCCGAUAAAGUCUUGCCUAUAGAAGUGUGGCUCGAAAGAGCACAAGCAAAUUGUACGAGUGCGGAUAACGAAUGUUUGACGGCGACUAAAAUGAGAGAAUCAUUAUCACUGGCACGUGAAAGAUCAAGAAUGGAUUAUUUGGCACAAUAUGAAGCCACGAAUUAUGCAUUGAGAAAAAGAUCGUAUGAAACAUUGCGUUUAAAAACGGAAUUGGAAUAUCAGAAAAAAAAUAUACUUGACGAAAUGGAAAAAUUAAGCAAAGAACUUGAAAGAUUGAAAAUGUGUAAAGAAGAAACGAUUAAUUAUUUAAAAUGUGCCGAAUCGAGAUUGGAAUCGCGAAAUCAACGUCCCGCAAAUGAAGCAACCAGAGACGAUGCACAAAUUGGAUUACACGAAGAAGUCGUAAAACUUCGGCAAACCAUCGAAGAUUUGGAUGCGAAAAUUGCUAAAAUCAAAUCGACGUACAAUCAAAUGGAAUCCUACAUACUCGAAUUGGAAACUGAAAUUAAAUAUCAAGAGCAAAGCAUUAAACUCGACGAUCAAGCAUUAUCCAUACACGAAUCAAUACUUCAAAUGAUACCUAUAUCUCAAAUUGAUAAAACAAUUGAAUUAUUUAACAUGUCGAAAGAACUUCCACCGGAACAACCGGUCGUCCUAUAA